AUGAACACAUUUCAAUCAGAGAGGAAGGAGUGGUCAUUAAACCAUCUGACGGUGCAUCAGUCCACUGGGGCUCUGUACGUGGGAGCCGUCAACAGAAUCUACAAGUUGUCUGCUAAUCUCACCCUCCUGGUGUCUCACGACACAGGGCCAGAAUAUGAUAACAAAGCAUGCUACCCCCCUCUGAUUGUCCAGCCGUGUUCUGAGCCCCUGGCCUCCACGGACAACGUCAACAAACUGUUGCUCAUCGACUACUCUCACAACCGGCUGCUGGCCUGUGGCAGUCUCUAUCAGGGCGUCUGCAAGCUGAUGAGGCUGGAUGACUUAUUUAUCCUUGUGGAGCCCACGCAUAAGAAAGAGCACUAUCUGUCCAGCGACAACCAGACAGGGACCAUGUACGGCGUAGUUGUGCCCUCCCAGGGUCAGGAUGCCACUCUGUAUAUAGGCACCGCGGUUGGCGGCAAGCAAGAUUACUUCCCAACCAUCUCCAGCCGUAAGCUCCCCCGUGACCCAGAAUCCUCCGCCAUGCUGGACUACGAGCUUCACACUGACUUUGUUUCAUCCCUAAUCAAAAUCCCCUCGGACACGCUGGCCCUCGUUCCGCACUUUGACAUCUACUACGUCUACGGCUUCUCCAGCGGAAGCUUUGUCUACUUCAUGACCGUCCAGCCGGAGACUCCGGAGAAUGGAAUGCCCGCGGGCAGCUCCCCGGUCGACCUGUUUUACACGUCCCGCAUCAUCCGCCUCUGCAAAGGUGACAAGAAGUUCCACUCGUACGUGUCCCUUCCCGUGGGGUGCGUACACAGAGGCGUGGAGUACCGUCUGCUCCAGGCGGCUUACCUGUCCAAGGCUGGCAGGGUGCUGGCCAGGUCGCUUAAUAUCAGUGCCCAGGAGGACGUGCUCUUCGCGGUGUUCUCCAAGGGACAGAAGCAGUACCAUGACCCUUCAGAUCACUCCGCUGUCUGCAUCUUCACCAUCCAAGACAUCAACGCGCGCAUUAAAGAACGGCUACAGUCCUGCUACCAAGGAGAGGGAAACCUGGAGCUGCACUGGCUGCUGGGAAAGGACGUGCAGUGUACCAAGGCGCCUGUUCCCAUUGACGAUCAUUUCUGUGGCCUGGAUAUAAACCAACCCUUGGGGGGUUCCCAGCUGGUGUCGGGUCAGACGGUGUUCACUGAGAGCAGAGACAGGCUGACCUCUGUCACUUCCUAUAUCUUCAAUGGACACAACGUGGUCUUCCUGGGCACCAGGAGUGGACGGCUGCAGAAGGUGAGAAAAGCAGCACACUGA